AUGUCCGAACCAAGAGCUCGCGCCGCCAAAAAUCGCGGCCAACAAAACUUCACCGAAGCAGAACUAAAACACUUCCUCCACGCCCACGGCGACGUACAACACGCAUUAGAAAGCACGACCAAAACUCUCGACGAAAUCGUCACCGAUUUCAUCAUCGAGCUCUGUUUCGAAGCAUCACGCGCAGCGCAAAUAGCCGGCCGACAAAAAGUCAAACUGGACGAUAUUAAAUUUGCUUGUCGGAAGAAUCCAGCCUUUUUAGGAAAGAUUACAGAGGUUUUUGAAAAGAAGAGUUUUAUCGAUGAGGCGAAGAAGACGUUUGAUGCGACGGAUGAUAGGUUGACGAAGUCGAGUGGGGGGAAGGUCGAGACGUUGGGGGAGGAGGAUGAUGAUGCUGAUGUGAUUAAUAAUGUUAAGGGUGGGAGGUGA